GAACCGAUCAUCACAUGAUUCCUCUCUUGUGACAAUCGACAGAUGAGGGGGGAAGCUUGCCUGAGUUGAGCAGAGUUACAAUGCGCUUUGGUGACAGCUGAAUGUCGUUGUAGCGCCCAAGAAGCAACGAUGGAACUCAGUUAGCUGUCGGAGCAUUCCUGUGUCGACGUUGAUGUUGUAAACUGGGCUUUGAUGUGUCGCGAGGGACAAAGUUGGCGCAUGGAGCGCGACCAACUUUCGUUUUUGACGAAACGUCGUUUUUUGUAAACCAGUGUCGUGUCGUUUAUUCUUUUCUUUUUUUUUUUUUUUUGCGGAGGCCGACAGCAAACUGUUGAAGUCGUGAACGCAUCUCGGCGUCCUUCCCAUAAAGUUAGGUGGCACGCCGGACAACUCUGGCUGACAUGGUGGACAACAAACCCAUUCUUCAGGACAGACCUCCCGCCUACAACACUGUCCCUGGGGCUUACGAGUAUGGCCCGCAGCAGCAGCAGCAACAGCCGCCGCACGGCUACGGGGCUAUCCCCGCCGUAGCGCCGCCGCCUUACCAAUACCCACCCGGCGGCCAUGGCCAAUUGGGAGCGGCCGUGUCCCAUCAGCCCUACGCCGGAACUUAUACGGUCAUUCAACCCUCCGUUGUGGUGGUAGGAGGAUGCCCAGCCUGCAGAGUUGGCGUUCUGGAAGACGAUUUCACCUGCCUGGGAAUCCUGUGUGCCAUCUUCUUCUUUCCACUGGGCAUCCUCUUCUGCUUCGCCCUGCGGCAGAGGCGAUGUCCCAACUGCGGCGCCACCUUUGGAUAGAUCAAUCCAACAAACGUGUCAACUCAAGCACAAGGCACUAAAAGAGUGCCACUUAGGCUUUGUGGUGAAAUUUCAGGAGGAAGCUAAAAUGCGGCGUGACCUUUUCACCCUCGCAACAACGAGGCACUCUAAGCCCCCCCCCCCCCCCACACACACACACACACACGCACACACACAAAUGCUAUCGCUGACACAGAACAUGCAAAAAUGUAGACUCGGAUCAUUAUAUUUUAGAACCAGUAAUUUCUUUAUCAAUCAUGAACUGAAGCAAUAUAUAUUUUUUUUAGUUCAGGUUGAGCUCAGUGCUGCUGACCAAGCCCAUAUUUUUGUAAGGACAACCAGGAAGGAAGGACGUAAACAAAAUGGACAGCUGCCCGCAGAGUAUUUUUUCCUAAAUUUGUUUCUGGGGGCCAUAUUUGCACUGAUGGUUGAUGAUUCUGCUCGCUUUUGCUUUUGUUUCCCUGUUGCAUCUUCAGGGCCAAAAACACCGACCUCAGGUACUUUCACCUCCAUCACUGUUUGAAAAGUGGACUCUUCAUGUUGAGAGUGCAGAAAUUAUUCAGAUAAAUGAAACAGCUGGAUUUGUCUCAGUGGCCCCUUCUUCUUCGGCAAGACAAUCAAAACAUGUCGUCGUUGUCUUCCAUCCCAGCAAAGGUGUCAUCUUCUAUAGAAAAAGAAAAAUGUCUUUUGGAAAAAAACGUAUUUGCUUUUGGAAAUAAACACUACGCAUGCUCGUU